GACCAUGGAGUCUGACCAGUAACUUUUUCUCCCAGGAGAGUUAAGCCCUGUGUCUCCAAUAUGGAAGUGGAGAACCAGACACGGGUCACCAGGUUCAUCCUGGUGGGGUUCCCUGGGAGCUGGGGCAUGCGUGCAGCAGUGUUCCUCAUGUUCCUCGUGGCCUAUAUUCUGACAGUGACUGAAAAUGUGACCAUCAUCCUGUUGGUGCAGCAGAACCGGCCACUGCACAAGCCCAUGUACUUCUUCCUGGCCAACUUGUCCUUCCUGGAGACCUGGUACAUCUCUGUGACUGUACCCAAGCUGCUGUUUAGUUUUUGGUCCGUGAGCAAUGGCAUCUCCUUCGCUCACUGUAUGAUACAACUUUACUUCUUCAUUGCACUCAUGUGUACGGAAUGCGUGCUCCUGGCCGCCAUGGCCUACGACCGUUACGUAGCCAUCUGCUGCCCACUGCACUACCCCACCAUUAUGAGCCACGGGCUCUGUUUCCGCCUGGCUCUUGGCUCCUGGACCAUUGGCUUUGGCAUCUCCUUGGCUAAGACCUACUUCAUCUCUCGCCUCAGCUUCUGUGGCCCCAAUGUCAUCAACCACUUCUUCUGCGACAUCUCUCCCGUACUUAACCUCUCCUGCACAGACAUGUCCACAGCUGAGCUGGUGGACUUUGUCCUGGCACUGGUCAUCUUCCUCCUCCCUCUCACUGUCACUAUCCUGUCUUAUGGAUGCAUCCUGGCCACCGUUCUACGCAUGCCCACAGGCAAGCAGAAGGCGUUUUCUACUUGUGCCUCCCACCUCGUGGUGGUCACCAUCUUCUACUCAGCUACGAUUUUCAUGUAUGCCCGGCCCCGAGCCAUUCACGCCUUCAACAUGAACAAAGUUAUUUCCAUCUUCUAUGCCAUUGUCACCCCUGCCCUCAACCCUUUCAUUUAUUGUCUAAGGAACCGAGAGGUCAAAGAGGCGCUGAAGAAGCUGGCUUAUUGCCAGGCCAGAUCUGACUAGUCUGUUACAAAUGACUAGAAGAAGUAAUUUGAUUUGG